AUGGCGAGCAAUGGGGCAUUUGAGGGUGAACCAGUAGCCGAAGGGAGAUAUUCACAGCUUCUGUUAGGUGAUGAUGAAAUUAUGAAUCUUGAGGCAAAUGAGUGUUUCAAUUUUUCACCAUUUUUCUCAUCUGGUAACUCUCCGAAGUUACUGCGAUUUGGUGAUUAUCAAAAGGAAAGUAAAUCUGGAUUGGCAUGCAGCGAUUCAUCCUCGGCUUCUUCGACGAAAGCGUGCAACACUAUCACAAUGCCCAAGUUCAAUAAAAAGAGAAACGUUUCAAGGAAUCCUGAGGCGAAUGCUGGGGCUCCUGUCGGAAGCUGUAAGAAGACGAAAUCAGAAAAUUCUACUAUCACCCGCCCUGCAAAGGGAAAGAAGAGAGAGAAACUCGGUGAAAGAAUUGCAGCAUUGCAACAACUUGUGUCGCCCUUUGGCAAGACUGAUACAGCAUCAGUGCUCCAUGAAGCUUUGGGAUACAUAAGAUUUCUGCAGGAUCAGGUGCAGGUUCUCUCUUCUCCAUAUUUGCAGCAUUCAUCCUCCGUCACUGAGAAUGGAGAAAUCCGCGGAAGUAAUGAAAAACGAAAGGAUGAUCUAAGAAGCAGAGGUUUGUGUCUGGUGCCAUUGAAGAUCACUCUACAUGUAGCAGACUCGAAUGGGGCUGAUAUGUGGUCAUCUGCUGCCAUGCUCAACAAUGUUUCCUCGAACCGAUGA